AUGUGGCUUGGUCUAUUCAUAUACCUCGUUUGUGACUAUACCACUUUGUUGGUGAUUAACUAAUAAUUUUUUUUCCUGAUCGGUAUUGCAGAGCUUGAGACAUGAAGUUUUUUUCAUAUGUAACCUAUUCUGUGCUACAAGUGCACAAUUUAAUAAUGAAUUAUGUAUUAUAACUUCUUUCAUCAGCAAAUUAUAAAUUUAAGUAAUAAUAAGAGAUAAUAAAGCAAUUGUAUAUUUUAUCAUUCAAUACGUAUUUAUUAUUUAAAUAUCACUACUUUUAUAUCAAGAGAUUUUUCUACCAGUUAACACAAGAAUAUUAAUCUGUAUUUUAAUUUAGAUGAUGAAAUAAAGAAUUUAAGUAAUGAAAUUUUGGAAAAAAUAUAAAUUGAAUAUCGUUUUCAAAUAGAUGUUUAAAUUAAUGUCAACUUUUAUUGUUUUACUUCAAUAUGACGUGCGGUUGUAACCACGUGUUGUGACAGUGAUAAAUUCAAUUUAAGAUUUUUUUAAUGGUAACAAUAGUAUUAACCAAUUAUUGAGUUUAAUCAAAUCAUCAUUAUAAAGUUUAUAGAUAUACAUAUGUUUCACGGUAAUAUUACAAAAUUUCAAACAUUUUAUGAACAUGUUAAUAUAACAUUACAACAUAACCUAUUAUUCGCCGGUUACAUUGUCUAUUUAUAACUUAUAAAUUAUUAUAUCAUAAUUUAUUUCAUUAUCUACAAUAUCCAAAUUAAAUAUAUGUUAUAGUUAUUUAUUUUAUUAUAUUAUAUAUUUUUAUUGUUAUAUUUAAUGUAAUGUAACAGUAUAUACUGAAUUGAAAUAAAAUAGUAAAUACAUAUUGAAUGAUAAAAUAUACUAAUGUACUAAAGUGUUAUACUAAUUAAACUGCUACUUACAAAUAUCAUUGUUACAUUUUUACAGAUGCUUAAGUAUCGUGAAUCAAUAUCUGCAUUUGCAAUGUAUGCUAUGAAGCGUAAAAAUAUAGAAUUAUCAUCAAAUUCAAAGAAAUUAAAGAGAAAACACAGUCCUUCAAAUAAAAGAACAGUUUUAAAGAAUGAAACAAAAUUGAAAGUGCAGAAAAAGGAAAAACAGACAUCUUUUCAUAAAAAGAUUCAAGAAACAAAGAAAGUUCCAAAGAUAAUAAAUGAAAUUCAAAAUGUAAACAAAAUUUCUUCUAUAACUUCUAAGAAAAGUAAAUCAAUUCAAAAGUCAACACAAAAAGAAGAAGAUAAAGAAAUACCAAUUCCCUGUUCAAAGAAAAUUGAAUUGAAGAAAAAAUUAAGAAGUUCUGUCCUAAUGACAAAUAAAGGUGUUGCAAAAAUGAAAUGUAUUAAACAAAAGCAACAGAAACGAAUUAAAAACAGAAGAUCAAUAAAACAGGAUAUUCAAGAAACUGCCAAUACUAAUUGUAACAUAAUUGAAGAAAAUCAUGAGAAUCCAUUAACAACAAGUCGCUCAAUGUUUGAAUGGUUAAUACAUCCUAUGAAAGUUGAAGACUUUUUUGAAAAGAAUUGGGAGAAGACACCUGUUCAUAUUAAGAGAAAUUUUCCCAAAUAUUAUAAAUUACUUAUGUCUACUCCAAUGUUAGAUUCCAUAUUGCGGGAAUUUUAUAUUUUAUUUACAAAAAAUAUUGAUAUUACUUCGUAUGAAAAUGGCGUGAGGGAAACGCAUAAUCCUGCUGGCCGUGCAGUUCCAAGUGUUGUUUGGGAUUAUUAUAUGAAUGGAUGCUCUGUUAGAAUGUUGAAUCCACAAACAUAUGUAUCAAAAUUACAUUCAUUAAACGCUACACUUCAGGAAUUCUUUGGCUGUUUUGUUGGUGCAAAUUCUUAUUUAACACCUCCUAAUAGUCAAGGCUUUGCGCCACAUUAUGAUGAUAUUGAAGCCUUUAUAUUACAAAUUGAAGGUAAAAAGAGAUGGAGAUUGUACAAACCACGAAACGAAAACGAAUACUUAGCAAGGUAUUCUUCAAAGAAUUUUUCACAAUCCGAAAUUGGUGAAGCUAUAUUAGAUACAGUUGUAAAUGCAGGAGAUUUGCUGUAUUUUCCACGAGGAACGAUUCAUCAGGGUGAAACUAUUGAUGAUACACAUAGUCUUCACAUUACACUGAGUGUGUAUCAAAAAAACAGUUGGGGUGACUUUUUGGAAAAGUUGCUACCAAAUGCAUUAACAGCUGCUAUAGAAACAGAUAGUGAAUUUCGAAAGGGAUUGCCUAUUGAUUACUUGAGACAAUGUGGAUUUGCCUAUUCUGAAAUUCAGAAUAGUACCAAAGAUGAAUUUAAGGAAAAAAUAAAAUAUUUAUUCAAAUACAUUGACAUAGAUAAAGCAGCAGAUUUAAUGGCAAAAAAUCACAUUCAUGACUUUUUACCACCUGUUCUUUCUGAAAGUGAACAGAGAUGUUCUGUUGUCCAAGACGGUGAACAGAUGAUUGAAAAUGGAAUUGUUGAAAACAGAGUAGAGAUAGAACCUGAUACAAGAAUUCGAUUAUUAAGAUCUCAUUGUAUAAGGUUAAUUAAAGAAAAGGAGACAUUUAGGAUAUAUUAUUCAACUGAAAAUUCUAAAGAAUAUCACGAAUAUGAGCCACAAUUUUUAGAAGUUGGUGAAAAGUUUGUACCUGCUAUUCAAGAUAUGAUAUUGCGAUAUCCUGAAUUUAUACGCGUAGAAAAUUUGCCAAUUGAUGGUGAAGAUAAUAAGGUACAGAUAGCUAAGGAUCUUUGGGAAAAAAAUCUUAUUGUAACAGACAAUCCAUUAUGUGUUUUGGAAUAAUUGUACAUUUAAAAUAAUUUGUAAAAAAAAUGAAUAAAAAUAUAAAUAUCAAAACUCAAUGAUUCCUAAAAGUAUUAAUAGUACAAUUUGAUAUGUGUAUACAGAAAAUAUGUAUUACAAUAUUAUUUAAAUAUAUCUUUAUA